GAGCGGCCGCGGCGGGAGCGGGAGGAGCCGGAGAUGCUGCCAGCCCUCCCGGGGCCGCGCUCGCUCAGCCGUCGCCGCCGCACGGAGCAGCCGCGCGCCGGGAGCCGCGGGCCGGGCCAGCCGGGCCGCCGGGGCCCACAGCGCCGCGCUAGCAGCGGGUAGCGCCUCCAGCGCCGUCCGCGCUCGCUUGGCAGCCGCGGGGCCGCAGGCCGGUCCAGGGAGGCGGCGAGGGCGGCGCCCAGGCGCCCGCCGCGGGGCAGGCAGGAUGAGCAUCGAGAUCCCCGCGGGACUGACGGAGCUGCUGCAGGGCUUCACGGUGGAGGUGCUGAGGCACCAGCCCGCGGACCUGCUGGAGUUCGCGCUGCAGCACUUCACGCGCCUGCAGCAGGAGAACGAGCGCAAAGGCGCCGCGCGCUUCGGCCAUGAGGGCAGGACCUGGGGGGACGCGGGCGCCGCCGCCGGGGGCGGCACCCCCAGUAAGGGGGUCAACUUCGCGGAGGAGCCCAUGCACACCGACUCCGAAAACGGGGAGGAGGAGGAGGAGGAGGCGCCCGCGGAUGCCGGGGCGUUCAACGCUCCGGUAAUAAACCGAUUCACAAGGCGUGCCUCGGUAUGUGCAGAAGCUUAUAAUCCUGAUGAAGAAGAAGAUGAUGCAGAGUCCAGGAUUAUACAUCCCAAAACUGAUGAUCAAAGAAAUCGAUUGCAAGAGGCUUGCAAGGACAUCCUGCUGUUUAAGAACCUCGAUCCGGAGCAGAUGUCUCAAGUAUUAGACGCCAUGUUUGAAAAACUGGUCAAAGAAGGGGAGCAUGUAAUUGAUCAAGGAGAUGAUGGUGACAACUUCUACGUGAUCGAUAGAGGCACAUUUGACAUCUACGUGAAAUGCGACGGUGUCGGAAGGUGUGUGGGCAACUACGACAACCGCGGGAGCUUCGGUGAACUGGCCUUAAUGUACAAUACGCCCAGAGCGGCCACAAUCACUGCUACCUCUCCUGGUGCUCUGUGGGGUUUGGACAGGGUAACCUUCAGGAGAAUAAUUGUAAAAAAUAAUGCCAAAAAGAGAAAAAUGUAUGAAAGCUUUAUCGAGUCACUGCCAUUCCUUAAAUCAUUGGAAGUUUCUGAACGCCUGAAAGUGGUAGAUGUGAUAGGCACCAAAGUAUACAACGACGGAGAACAGAUUAUUGCUCAGGGAGAUUUGGCGGAUUCUUUUUUCAUCGUGGAGUCUGGCGAAGUGAAAAUCACUAUGAAAAGGAAGGGUAAGUCAGAAGUGGAAGAGAAUGGUGCCGUGGAAAUUGCUCGCUGUUCUCGGGGUCAGUACUUCGGAGAGCUGGCUCUGGUCACCAACAAACCUCGGGCCGCUUCCGCGCACGCCAUCGGGACCGUCAAAUGUUUAGGACGGUUUUGUUGUCCAGCUGUUAACGAUAAGUCAUCGCAGAUGCCACCUUCAGCUGGAAGACCUCCCUCUGACCUAGGAGACAGAAUUUACUUUAAGAGUGAGGAACUGAAGCCAGGAGGUGUCCACAUAGCUGACACUCUAUGGAUGUGCAGGCGUUUGAAAGGCUUUUGGGACCUUGCAUGGAAAUUAUGAAAAGGAACAUUGCCACCUAUGAAGAACAAUUAGUUGCUCUGUUUGGAACUAACAUGGAUAUUGUUGAACCCACUGCAUGAAGCAAAAGUAUGGACAAGACCCGUAGUGACAAAAUUCCGCAGUAGUGGUUAGUCCACUGAGAAUGUGUUUGUGUAGAUGCCAAGCAUUUUUUGUGAUUUCAGGUUUUUUUCCUUUUUUUUUUUUUUUUAAACCUUUACAGUGUAUCUGUAAACAGAGUAGUGAUUUAAUACUCAAUAGGCUUUACCAUCACUUUCUAAAGAAUAGGUCAGAAGAAUACUGACAUACUGAUAAGAUGACUUUGUACUCCACAAAAUUAUGAUUUGAGUGAAAGUUUCAUUCAGAUGAUUGUGAUAUACCAAAAGUAUCUGUGUGUAAGAAGAUAAUUAAAGGACACUGCCGUGGGUGAUAUGUGUUCGUUUGGACUUCCCGGGUUGCUGUGUUAGUGACUGUGCUCAUGGAAAGAGACCUUGGCAGUGACUCAUGCUGGACAGCAUGACAUCACAUUCUUUUUACAACUCACUAUAUAUAGUAAGUACAGUUUUAAUCAUUUUUGUUUUCUCAAGUUUUUCAGGCUUGAUAAGUUAUGUGCUGGCCUUGGACUACGGUGAAAUGGUAGAAAACAUCAUAUGCAAUUUUCAGACCUUUUAUAUUUUUGCAAUAAAGUACAUUUUGACUUCUUUGGCAUAAGGUCAGUAACUUCCAUACCCCAGUGGUUUUAAGGAUGAGAAUGUAGUCAUUAUGAUAAUAGGGAAGAGUCUUUGAGAUGAGAGAUCAUUAACACAAUUUCCUCAUAAAGCAUAUAUCUGCUUCUUUUUUCCAUUUUGUAGUUCUCUGUACUCUUUAAAAGUUUGAGUUCAACAUUUAAUGUCACAAAUGGUUUUUGGUUUUUUUUAAAAUGCUAUUUAGACUUGUCUUCUAGAAGCUGGAGAUCUUAACAUAUGCUAAAAAAAAAAAAAAAAGAAAAAAGAAAGAAAGAAAAAAGAAAAGGAAAAAAGCGACCUCUCCUAUACCAAAAAUAUUUUGGGGUCCUCAUCAGCAUGCCCCAGGGAUAUAGCUCUGUUCUUCACUAGGUGUACAUAAUAGGAUCCUUGGCAGACAUCUCCCAUGGGUUUCCUUUAAAGGUGGUGGGAAUAAAUUUUUUUAAGCAAAACCAGAUAUAAAUAUAAAAGGAAUUUCUGCCCCAUCCAAAUGUCCUUGCCAUUUGUGUUACUGUAGACUCAAAAGUGCAGGAUGGACUUAAUACGUUUUCGUUGAUAAUAUGCCUAUUAUUCUGCCACAUAAGAUGAAUUACAUUCAACCAAAGCAGUAUUAUUCUUAACAUGGUUUCUAUGUCCAUGUGACCCCUGUGUCUGGAGAGGUUAGUUCUAAUCAGUUGUUCACUUUUAAAUGAACAAUUACAUUUUGGGAAACAGGUUUUAAAGAAUUAUAUAUACCUGGGUAAAAAUAGUCUGUGGCUCUUACAGUGUGAUGUUAUUAGAGAACGUUUAUGGUCUUACAUAUAUAAUGAAAAUAUGGUUUAAAAUGUGUUCAUCAAAUAAUGUACAUAUAAAAAGUAUGUAAAGUAUAACUUAGCUACAUUUUAGAACACCGUUUAACAAUUUUGCAAACUUUCUUGUAGGAAGGGAGCUUAUGACAUGAAGAUGACUUGUUUUCUAUUUCAGAUUUUAUUUUAAAAGCCAGUUCUGUUAAACAAGGAAAAACCACAAAGAACCCCCAGAUUCCUAGUUCAUCAUUCUGUACUCUUUAUCCACUUUUUCAAGAUACCUUGUUGCAUCAGCUGAUUGUUAACUAUUCAUGGAAUAACAAACAAAUGCCUGUUUAAUAAAGAACUCUGACCAAGGCUGUAAAUGCCAGUUACAUUAUUUUCAGUAUUGUUGGUUAUAUUUAAAUUUACCUUAUAAUAAAGCACACUUUUAUAAUAAAA